GAUAGGUACAAAAUUUAUUCCCAUUCAUAUUACUGGCUGCUACUAGUUACUAUGAACGUUUUGUUGGUCCUAGUAAUAUCAUGGUUCGUAUCAAUUAAUUAUGUGGUUUCUAUUAAUUUUCGUAAUGACUUACGCUCCAUUAAAUUUGUCUUUCACCACGGACCAAACUACCGCGAUAGCCAGCGAUUCGACCUCAAUGACUCCAAUAAGAUCCUCCAGCAUCCAAAAUUUGAUAAAUCCCGAAAAACACUUAUGUAUAUGCAUGGCUACACAGAAGGCUCGGAAGUUCAAAGUGUUCAUGUAUCAAUUGAGGCAUUUUUGAAACGUCGCGAGCACAAUAUUAUCCUCUUAGAGUGGAGUGAACUGGCCAGUGGAAAUUAUUUCGUUGAUGCGGUCCCUAAUGCGGAUAUGAUCGGGAUCCUUGCUGCUGAUCGCCUCUUGAAGAUGUUCAAAAAUGGUUUAGACGUAGAAAAGUUCCAUUUACUUGGGCAUUCGGUUGGCGGUCAAGCUAUUGGAAAAAUCGGUAGAGAAGUGAUCGCCCUUUCUAAUGGAAAGGUGAAAUUACCAAGAAUAACAUCUCUGGAUCCAGCCUUCCCAAAAUACUACCGUGAUCUCCAUAUAACUCCAAUAAGUUACCGAGAUGCUGAGUUUGUCGAUAUCAUUCACACAGACUCUUGGCUUUAUGGAAGUCCCUUGUCUGCCGGAACUGUCGACUUCUGGCCAAAUGGCGGAAAAUCAUUACAACCUGGUUGCCCCAGAAGACAAUAUAAACAAUUAACACAAAAUGAUCUAUGUUCACAUCGACGGUCAUGGAUAUUAUAUGCAGAAAGCGUGAUCGAUGAAGUUCCGAAGAAGUUUCUAGCGGUGAAAGCGAAAUCGUGGGAUGAUUUCAAGAAAGGGCGAACAGAACCUUUGGAAAGCUAUGCGGUUAUGGGAUAUAAUUGCCCCACGAAUUUGACAGGAAAUUACUAUCUUCAAACGAAUGAAGCCUCCCCUUACGCUAGAGGAGAAGACGGUACCAAGUAUACAAAGGUGAAGCCGAAGCCAAGAGAUUGGUUUAAAUGAAGACAUUGAUAUGUGUAGUCAUCAAUUAAUAAAAUCAGAUUCAUAUUCA